CCCGAAUUACGUCCUAAAACCCUUAAACCCUUCAACGAAAAGAAAGAACACUAUUUUCUCCGGCUACCGCCAUAGCAGAGUAGCAGAAGCAGCAAAGCCAUGGUGAAAUCCUACUUAAGGUACGAGCCGGCGUCUGCCUUUGGCGUCAUCGCUUCCAUCGGAUCAAACGUCGCCUACGACAGCUCUGGGAAGCACCUUCUCGCCCCUGCCCUCGAGAAGGUCGGGGUUUGGCAUGUACGACAAGGCGUCUGCAUCAAAACCCUAGACCCAUCUGCGUAUUCUCGUGGUCCUUCCCUCGGCGUCACCGCCAUCGCUGUCGACGCCUCGCAUUCAUCUCUGGUAGCGAUUGGGUAUGCAGAUGGAAGUAUUAGAAUUUGGGAUUUUGAGAAAGGAACCUGUGAAACGACAUUGAAUGGGCAUAAAGGGGCUGUGACUGUUAUUCUGUACAACAAGCUUGGGUCUUUGCUUGCAUCUGGGAGUAAAGAUAACGAUGUUAUACUAUGGGAUGUAGUUGGUGAGACUGGUCUUUUUCGCCUCCGGGGGCAUCGAGACCAGGUAACUGAUGUUGUCUUCUUAGAUUCCGGUAAGAAACUGGUUAGUUCUUCAAAAGACAAGUUUUUGAGGGUGUGGGAUCUUGAAACACAGCAUUGUAUGCAAAUUGUCGGCGGUCAUCAUAGUGAGAUUUGGUCCAUAGACGUUGAUCCAGAGGAGAGGUUUUUGGUCACUGGGUCUGCGGACCCGGAGCUUCGAUUUUAUUCUGUUAAGCAUGAGAUGGAGGCUGAGCAGUCCGUAGGGCAGUCCGUAGGUAAUGUAGAUGGAAAUGAAGUGGUGAAUAAUGAGAAUUCGUCAUCCCAAGAUAAAUGGAGUGUUCUGAAGAAGUUUGGUGAACUUCAGCGGCAAAUCAAGGAUAGAGUUGGAACCCUAAGAUUCAACAAGUCUGGAAAUUUGCUGGCCUGUCAAGUUGCGGGGAAAAUUGUAGAAAUUUUCCGUGUGUUGGAUGAGGCUGAAUCUAAGCGUAAAGCAAAACGUAGGCUUCACCGGAAGGAGAAGAAAUCUGCCAAAGAAGAGCCAGAGGUAACAGAAAAUGGAGAAACGAGUAAUGCAACGGGAGAAAAACAUAUCCCUGUGGUUACAGUCCCAGAUGUUUUCAAGCUCAUUCAAACUGUUAGAGCUGGCAAAAAGAUAUCUUCAAUUUCGUUCUCUCCAAUUACCCCAAAGAGUUCAUUGGCUACAAUAGCUUUAUCAUUGAACAAUAAUCUACUGGAAUUCUAUUCUAUUGACAGCAAUGCAGCAAAUAAAACACUUGCUAUUGAUCUUCAGGGACACCGUUCUGAUGUAAGAAGUGUUGCACUUAGCUCAGACAACACACUUUUAAUGUCAACUAGUCACAAUGCAGUGAAGAUUUGGAAUCCAAGUACUGGUUCUUGCCUCCGGACUAUUGAUUCUGAUUUCGGGCUGUGUGGUUUUAUACUUCCUCAGAAUAAGUAUGGACUGGUUGGAACUAAAGGUGGAAAAUUGGAAAUAGUUGACAUUGGCAGUGGGACUUGCAUUGAGGCUGUUGAAGCCCACGGUGGCUCCAUUCGUUCCAUUGUGGCCAUUCCCCAUGAAAACGGUUUUGUAACAGGAAGUGCAGAUCACGAUGUUAAGUUCUGGGAGUAUCAAGUUGAACAAAAAUCUACUCAAGGCUCUAAGCACCUUAAGGCAUCAAAUGUAAGAACUAUGAAGAUGGACGACGAAGUUCUUGCUGUCGCUGUUAGCCCUGAUUCCAAGUAUAUUGCUGUUGCUCUGUUGGACAAUACAGUGAAGGUUUUCUAUUUCGAUUCGCUCAAAUUUUUCCUUUCCUUGUAUGGUCACAAAUUGCCUGUGCUAUGUAUGGAUAUUUCAUCAGAUGGAGAUUUGAUUGUAACUGGCUCUGCAGAUAAAGAUUUGAAAAUUUGGGGUUUAGAUUUUGGUGAUUGUCAUAAAUCCCUCUUUGCUCAUAAAGAGAGCAUUACAGCUGUGAAAUUUGUACAAAGGACUCAUUACCUGUUUAGUGUUGGGAAAGAUAACUUAGUAAAAUAUUGGGAUGUGGAUAAGUUUGAGUGUCUCUUAACUCUUGAAGGACACCAUGCUGAUGUUUGGUGUCUUGCUGUCAGUAACCGUGGUGACUUUGUUGUCACGGGAUCUCAUGACCGUUCUAUACGUCGCUGGGACCGUACUGAAGAGCCAUUCUUCAUUGAGGAAGAGAAAGAAAAAAGGUUGGAAGAGGAGUUAGAGGCCGACCUUGACAAUGCAUUUGAGAACAGGUAUGCUCCCAAGGAGGAAGUUCCAGAGGAGGGAGCUGUUGCUUUAGCAGGGAAGAAAUCUAAGGAAACACUUUCUGCAACAGAUACAAUUAUUGAUGCUUUGGACAUUGCGGAGGUAGAAUUGAAGCGACUUACUGAUUAUGAGGAGGAGAAAGCGAGGGGAAAAGUUUCUGCGUUCCAGCCAAAUGUUCUUUUGCUCGGGUUGUCUCCAUCCGAAUAUAUUCUACGAGCAAUUUCUAAAGUUCAGACAAGUGAUCUAGAACAAACUCUACUGGCUUUACCAUUCUCAGAUGCGUUGCAGCUUCUAACUUACUUGAAGGAGUGGACUUCGAAUUCUGACAAGGUUGAACUUGUAUGCAGGAUUGCUACUGUGCUGUUACAGACACAUUAUAAUCAGUUAAUUACAACUCCAGCAGCAAGACCAGUGCUAACUGUCCUUAAAGAGCUCCUUUAUGCUAGAAUCAAGGAAUGCAAAGACACCCUUGGUUUCAACCUUGCAGCAAUGGAUCAUCUCAAGCAAAUGAUGUCUUCAAGAUCAGAUGCACUCUUCAAAGAUGCGAAAUCUAAAUUACAGGAAAUCCGUUCACAGCAUUCAAAACGUUUGGAAGCAAGAACGGAGACAAGAGACGAAAAACAAAGAAAGAAAAAGAACAAGAAAUGAAGUCACAUUCUCACAUCAUGCAAGAGAAUGUUCAACGAAACAAAAUACGACAAUUCUUUCUGAUUGGUAAGAUGGGUUUUUUGACAGGUUGAGUGGAGCUUGUCUUGGUAGAAAAUGGACUUGAGCUUGUUGUGCCUUUAAGGGCAUCACUCACCUUCCCAUUUAGAUGGAUCAUGGAUGUACUAGUAUGUCAUUUUUGAUUUGUCAAGCCUCUAUUAUUCAUCAUGCACGCUGGCCUUUAGUCUUUAAGACAUCUGUAUAGGCAACUCGUUACCAAACAAACUCUUGGGACGAUCAAUGUGCCGAAGGUAUAUAGAGGGCUUGUUCCAAUUUUGUAGCUCUUAGAUUGUUGUUGAGUGUAAACUUGUUUACGAUA